AUGAUACAUUUGAUAAUUGGCAAACCAGCAUUAAGAACCUAUCUUUCAGAGAACCUCGAGGCUCUUCUAACGCAGUUCCGAGCCGAUACCGAUCCGCGCAGAACUGAUCUCCUGGUCGGUGUCUACAAAACGAACGAAGGAAAAGCCUAUGUGCUACCAAGUGUGAAAGAGGCGAAGACGAGGAUAUUGAAUGAUCCUGAUUGGCAUCAUGAGUAUCGCCCUUCUUCUCUAGGAUCCCUGACUUACAGGAACUUGAGCGCCAAGUUACUCUUUGGGUCUGAUCAUCGUCUUUUGCGGGAGAAAAGGGUUAUCUCCACACAGACACUUGGCGCAAGUGGCGGAUGCCAUGUGGGCGCAGUCAUGUUGAAAAAUCAUUAUGAGCCAUGGAAGGAGACUGGGAAUUCCGAGAUUUUCCUUCCGAGUGAGACCUGGUUAAAUCAUGCCCCUCUAUUUGAAUACGCGGGAAUCAAGCCUAGCCUUCUGCCUUAUUUCAGCAGCAAGACAAACAGCUUCGAUUUUGAGAGAUUUUCAGAGGCUAUCAAGUUAUUGCCAGCUCAAUCCGUUGUUCUUCUCCAGUCUGGAGCCCAGAACCCAACAGGAUGUGAUCCAUCGCCAGAUCAGUGGCGAGCGCUGGCCUCAAUCUUCUCCCAGCGUGGUCAUCUGGCAUUCUUCGAUGCUGCAUAUCCCGGCUUUGCCUCUGGAGAUAUUGACACGGAUCUUGAAGGUGUUCGUUUAUUCGCCGACCGCGAAAUCCCGCUCAUCUUUGUCUCAACUUACGGAAAAUCCUUUGGCCUUUACAGCGAGCGCGUUGGAAUUCUCUCCAUUCUUGCUCCGAGCGAGGAAGUCGGAAAGAGAAUAGAGAAGCAAUUGAGCCUACUAGCGCGUGCAGAGUCUGGAGCGCCCCCUGAUUUUGGCUCCAAAAUAAUCGAAACUGUUCUAUCAGAUCAGACUUUGGAGCGCCAGUGGCGUGUAGAAGUGCGUGAGAUGGCAAAGCAACUCAAGCAGCGCCGAGUUGCGCUCAGGGAGAGGUUGGAGGAGUUGGAAACACCGGGAGACUGGCAGCACAUUACCGAUCAGAACGGGAUGUUCUCAUACGUUGGACUUUCUGUGGAACAAGUCACUCUCCUCCGAGACGAGCAUCAUGUUUACCUCCAAGAUACUGGGAGAAUAUCCAUCGCGGGGCUCAACAAAUUCAAUAUAGACCACACUGCUCGCAGUAUUAGCGACGUUAUCAAAGCCACAACUCCUGAAUGA